UUACUACAUUUUAGAGAGAGAAAGAGAACAAAAACAAAAGGAUCGAUCAUGAUGGAAAGCUCAGACACCAACAUAGCUCCUUUGCUUCUUAGGAACCUCAUAAUCUCUAUAUUUAUGUUUGUAGACAAAAUCCUUCUAAAUUUAGCCGAAAACUACAAAUUCCUACACUUCUUCCGUAAACUCCUCAUCUCCUCUUUCUUCUUUUUGCUUCGCUUUCUUCUUUCUUUCUUCCCUAGCUUGAACCUCCCAUUAUUUGAUCACAAUUACGCUUUUAACCCUUCAAAAGGUGGUAAUUACGUCCCGACCACCAUCCACGGUGGCGGUAGUGGUGGUAGUGGUGGCAGUGGUGGUGACUCGGGUAUUGCUCGAGCGCUCUCGCAGCUGUUAUCAGUAGUCAACGAAGUUCCAGUCAGCUCUCGCAAAUACGACGUCGUUCGGUCGUUGACUGAUAGGCUCAUUGACGAGAACCUCCGGGAGGGAUCUGAACCGCUCCUGGAGAUUAAUCGUACGGUCCUUACGUCAGCUUUUUCAAGAACACUUGGCCAGCUUGAAUCCGCCGUGACGGACCAACAAUGCAAAGCCGGUAAUAAUGGAAUUGAGGUCAGUAACGAAACAAGAGUUGUUCAUUAUUAUAUUUUGAAACGGGUUUUAUGGGCGGUUCAAUACUUUGGUGACGUGGUAUGGACCCGGUUCGGGAAGUCGUGGGAGGAGCUCAGCCGGCCGGGGAGUUCAGCGGAGAAGCUGGCGGCGGAACUUCUAUGGCUGGCUCGGAAGAUGGCUGCUUGUGGGAAUGGUGAGGAAGCCGUGUGUAGGUGGGCUUCGGCUUCGAGCUUGGGUUGGCUAGGGCUCUCGGCUGAGCCACCGCUUCAAGGGUCUUUGGUUAAGGUCUCAGCAUUUUUAUUCAAGCAAGCCCAAGAUAUGGGAGGAGACGAGGUUGAAGAAAGGGUGAAAGAGCAACAAAGACAAACGAAAAUGAAGAUGCUAAUGUCAUGGUUGCCAUUGCUGUGCAGAGCAAGCAAUGGCACUGAUGCACAGGUGCUUAGCAUUAGCGAAAGAGCCGAGCUAGAGACAGUAUUAGAAGAGACCAUAGAGACAUUGGAGGAAGAAGAGCAAGAAAAGGUGCUCUCUCUAUGGCUCCACCACUUCACCGGCUGCUCCUCCUCCGACUGGCCCAACCUCCACGCUUGCUAUGCCCGCUGGUGCACUGCUUCGCGCAGGCUCUUGCUCCUUCAGUGAAUAUACGUUCGAAUAAAAAACUAUAUAUUAGAUCAAUGGCUCUCGAUCAAACAUUACUUGAUGGUUUAGUCUAAUCAAAAUUUAUAUUUAUUUUAUUUUAAUUUAUUUAUUUGGUAACAUUUUUUAAUUAAGUUUUUUUGAUUGGACUGAACUGCAUGGUCUACGACCAUCUAACAAAUUUUCAUAUUAAAUUGUGUCCAAGAUUAUUUGAAAGAUAUGAUAUGGUCUAAACUUUGAAA